GUAACGGUUGCGAAGCUACCAUACAUUGUCACCUUCUAAUUCAAAUAUAUUCUACUCCUUCUGCUUCGAAGCUAUCGUCUGGAAUCGACUUGUCAACCAGCAAAAUGUCCUUCAGAUGAAAAUACGGAGUUUUAUCGCUGAGCUGAUGCUCUCAGCGCUACAGACAGGCCCUGCUAAUCUAUUUGCAUAUUCAGCCUGUUAGGAAUAUUGAAAACAACAGUUUUUCCCCAAACUAAAGCUAGUUUCUGAGGAGAUGGAACACUAUCGAAGAAUUAAUAACUGCCUCAUAAUGGCUACUGGAACACAGAAUUAGUUUGCUCCUUCGAUAUUUGCUUUAUUAAAAGCAGCACUGUUAGCUCUAUGAGCUUAUGUCAUCGUGGUAAACAUUUAGCCUCGGUUGAUACCAAGUCAAAACAAAUAUAACAGCACGAAAACGACUGGAUUCCAAUGCAAAACACUUUCGUCGUCAUCAGACAUUCACACUACUAACUCCUGCGGAACUUCACACAGAGAGUAAAAUGUGGCUGAAACUGUUCUUUUUGCUUCUUUACUUUUUGGUGUUAUUUGUUUUGGCAAGAUUUUUUGAAGCCGUUGUAUGGUAUGAGACUGGUAUUUUUGCAACCCAGCUUGUGGACCCUGUAACACUGAGUUUCAAGAAGUUGAAGACAAUUCUUGAGUGUCGAGGACUGGGCUACUCAGGACUUGCAGAAAAGCGAGAUGUUAGAGAACUGGUGGAAAAUUCAGGAGAUCUCAUGCAAGGGGAGCUGUAUUCUGCUCUUAAGAAUGAAAAGGAUCAAACUGGGACAGACUCUAGCACCACCUUUAGUGGGGAGAUGCAUUUCUAUGAAUUGGUAGAAGACACCAAGGAUGGGAUCUGGUUGGUCCAGGUAGUUGCUCAAGACAGAAAUCCACUGCUAAGCAAAGCCAACUGGGGCAAGAUGGUUCAGAAAGUUUCUCAAUUUGGCAUUCGAACUGGAACCUUUAACUGCUCAAGUGACUCAAGGUAUUGCCAUAAACGUGGAUGGGUGAAGUCCACGCUCAUCAUGUCUGUGCCUCAGACCAAUGCCUCCAAAGGAAAGGUCAUGCUGAAGGAAUACAAUGGCAGACGCAUUGAGACAGAGCACAUUUUUAAAUGGAUGACUGCGCAUGUGGCCUCUCGCAUUAAAACUAUCCGCUUCUCUCAGCAACUGAUGGAGGACUGGUACCAGAAGGAAAAGCAGCCAGUGAAGAUGUUCUUGUUUGCUAAGCUUCUCCAGCCACCAGCUUUCUUUUCCACCCUUAGCAUCAAGUUCACAGGACGCAUAGAGUUCAUCUUUGUUGAUGUGCGGAACUGGGACAAUACAAGUUGCCUGGAGGAGAUUGGAGUGCAGCACAUGCCCUCAUACAUCCUCAAAACACCUGAGGGUAUCUACCGAUAUGGCAACAGCACAGGAGAAUUCAUAUCCUUGCACGCCAUGGACACAUUUCUUCGCUCUGUCCAGCCUGAGGUCAAUGAUUUGUUUGUUCUUAGCUUGGUCAUGGUGAAUCUCAUGGCUUGGAUGGAUUUGUUCAUAACACAAGGAGCCACCAUCAAACGCUUUGUGGUUCUUAUCAGCACUCUAGGAACCUAUAACUCUUUGCUCAUUAUCUCUUGGCUUCCCAUCCUUGGUUUUCUUCAGUUGCCAUACAUUGAGAACUUCUAUGAGUACAGUCUCAAACUGCUGCGCUAUGCAGAUACCACCACCAUUGCCUCUUGGGUGAGGGCCGACUGGACCUUCUAUUCCUCACACCCAGCGCUUUUCCUCAGCACCUACUUAGCCCAUGGUCUUCUCAUCGACUACUUUGAGAAGAAAAGGAGAUGUGGAGAUGAAGACCAAAAUGCCAACAACCUGGAAUGGUUGUCCAGUUUGUGGGACUGGUACACCAGCUAUUUGGUCCAUCCCAUUGCCUCUUUUCAGAACUUUCCUAAUGAGUCAGACUGGGACGAUGAUCCGAAUUUCCUUUUAGAGCGGUUAGCCUUUCCAGAUUUGUGGCUUCACCCUCUUGUUCCUAUUGACUACAUCAAAAACCUACCUACCUGGAGGUUCAAGUGCGUACAUACAGAGGGUACCAGCCCAGAGGACUGUGAUCAUAACUUACAGAGUAAAACGAUGCAUAAUUUAAGCUGUGACCAGGAUGAUCAUCACUGUGGUACAGAAAGUCCUCCAAGGAGUUGUCGACGUUCAGAGGGAUCAAAGUCAGAGGAACCAUGGUCUGCGGCAGAAGAACAGGACACCGACUGGUCCCAGUGGCCCUGUGACAUGCUCCAUUGCACCGAAUGCGUAGUGUGUUUGGAGAACUUUGAGAUCAAUUGCCUUGUCAUGGGACUGCCAUGUGGUCAUGUUUUCCACCAGCAGUGCAUUGUGGUAUGGCUAGCAGGUGGACGACAUUGCUGUCCAGUGUGCAGGUGGCCGCCUUACAAGAAGAGACCAGUGAGACCAGGUCAUGUGGCUGACCCACUGGAGCAUGACUAGCUGCGACUUACUGGCAACCUGCUUACCGCACUUAACUUAUAUAAAUACUUGAUGUGUCCAUUGUUAGUCUUCAGAUUACUGUUGUUGGUUUUUGCUUUUGUUUCUCGUGGUUUGAACCUACACGUCAGGGUAAUAUGAGUUGCAAAAGGAAACAUGUUCCUAACAUGAUUCAAAUUGGUAAUUGUAAAAAAAAAAAAAAAAAAGAUACACAUAUAUAUAUAUAAAUAUGUCUUCUUUUAAAACAUAUUUGGAUUGGUCUGCUUUG